AUGGGUGUUGUGAGUGUAUAUAAGACGGGUGCUUUUCUCGGAAUAUCUCGAGGAGAACAAGCGGAUUGGAAGCAUAGAAGCACAUUUUCAAUACCCAUCUCAAAUACUUUGCCCAAUUCCCGAUCAUCCCAUCACUCCAAGCUUUCCUUCCGAACGCACACCAUGAAAUCCCUCACCCAACACCUUCUCGCACUUGUGGUCCUCGCUGCUGGACUACUUGCAGCACCACUCGGUAUUCGAAGUACCGAAGCUAUUCCGACACAAGCACAGGAACAAGAACGAGUGAAGGGAAGGCGUGGCGAGGGUGUCGUUUCCGUGAAGGAUGCAAAGAAUGAGCAGGAAGAGGAUUGGGUUGCGCCUGAGGGUGUCAAUACUGCUUGCUUCGUGAUGUGA